AGAAAUUUUCCUUGUUAGCAAGGAUAAGAGUACACAAAAAGUCACAAGGUGGGGCUGGUUGUUGUGACAGUUAAAGUGUUAGUUUGCAUGUGAAUGAGUUUUCCAUGAGUUUCAAUUCCUUGCUCUUUCUCUGCAAUUCCUGCCAUUAGUUAUUGUUUAUAGAAUUGGAAGAAGAAUGCAACGUUGUGAUUGAAUGCGAGAGUGAUGGAUUCUGCAAGGAGUUGGUUUAAGAAAUUCCAACCUAGAGUGAAAACUGAACCCUCCAAGAAGGAAACGGAAAGUGGGAAGGAUGCACAUAAGUCUGUGAAUGAUGAAGUACCUUCAGAUGCAGCACAACAGAGGGCAGCAGCAGCCAAGCAGUAUAUUGAGAACCAUUACAAGUCCCAAAUGAAGUGUUUGCAAGAUAGGAAGGAGAGGCGCUGGAUAGUGGAGAGAAAGCUUGCUGAUGCUGAAGUUUCGAAGGAAGAGCAAAUGGAUAUUCUGAAAUAUUUAGAGCAACAGGAGACAGAAUAUAUGCGCCUUCAAAGACAUAAGAUGGGUGUUGAUGAUUUUGAACUUUUGACCAUUAUAGGAAGGGGUGCAUUUGGGGAGGUGAGACUUUGCAGAGAGAAAGCUACUAGGCAUGUUUAUGCAAUGAAGAAGCUGAAGAAAUCUGAGAUGCUCCGCAGAGGCCAGGUGGAACAUGUUAAAGCUGAAAGAAAUCUUCUUGCGGAAGUUGAUAGUACUUACAUUGUCAAGCUCUACUGCUCCUUUCAAGAUGAUGAUUUUUUGUAUCUUAUAAUGGAAUAUCUUCCUGGUGGUGACAUGAUGACAUUACUAAUGCGCAAAGAAACCUUGAGUGAGGAUGAGGCCAGGUUUUAUGUUGGGGAGACGGUCCUCGCCAUCGAGUCUAUUCACAAGCACAACUACAUCCACAGGGAUAUCAAGCCUGAUAAUUUGCUGCUUGACCGUAAUGGCCAUAUUAAGCUUUCGGAUUUUGGGUUGUGUAAGCCCUUGGACUGUAGUAGUUUUCCGAAUCUUAGUGAGAAUGACCAUGGAGUGGGAAGGAAUUUCAAAUCUUCAUUGGAGAGUAGCAGCCAUUCGAAUUUGCAUUCUGCACCAAGGCGGACCCAACAGGAACAGUUAUUGCACUGGCAAAAAAACAGGCGAAUGUUGGCUUAUUCAACAGUGGGAACACCAGACUACAUUGCCCCAGAAGUACUACUGAAGAAAGGAUAUGGAAUGGAGUGUGACUGGUGGUCUCUUGGAGCAAUCAUGUAUGAGAUGCUUGUGGGUUUUCCACCAUUCUAUUCUGAAGAACCAAUGUCAACAUGCAGAAAGAUCGUAAACUGGAGAACUCAUUUGAAAUUUCCUGAAGAAGCUAAGCUGUCUGCUGAGGCCAAAGAUCUCAUUUGCAAGCUUCUCUGCAAUGUUGAGCGAAGGCUUGGGACAAAAGGAGCUUUUGAAAUAAAAGCACACACAUGGUUUAAAGGAUUACAGUGGGAUAGAUUAUAUGAGAUGGAAGCUGCUUUCAUUCCAGAGGUUAACGAUGAGUUAGAUACUCAGAACUUUGAGAAGUUUGAAGAGUCAGCGGCCAUGGAACAAUCUUCAUCAAAAUCGGGUCCAUGGAGAAAGAUGCUUCCAUCCAAGGAUGCGAAUUUCGUUGGUUAUACGUACAAGAAUUUUGAGAUCGUGAGCGAGGAUCAUAUACCUGGCAUUGCUCAAUUGAAGAAAAAGACCAACAAGCCCAAGAGACCUUCCAUUCAGUCAUUAUUUGACACACCCGAUCCACCUGUUUUGGGAAGCUUUCUCAAUGUUUCAGGUACAAUAUCAGAGGUCUCUGAAAGCCCUGAGCCACUGCUUCAUUCUGCUAGACCUGCACAACAUCAACACAAGCCUAUGAGAUGAUAAUCAGUGGCAGUUCACAAUUGUCCAUAGCCAAAGCAAAGAUAUAGGAUAUAUAUAUAUAUAUAUAUAUAAUUUUUUUUUUUCCUUUUUUAAGAGAAGCAAUGCUCAGUAUAGCAAGGAUUACAUACUUUGUAGCCGAAAUGUUGAGAAAGGAUUACAUAAUUAUGCACUAAUAGUGGAGAUCAUUUCCUGUAUAAUCACCAGUAUGGAUAGCAAUUGAAGAAAAUUUUACGCUAGAACUUUGUAUAUGUAAAAUUAUGUCAAGCUGUUUGGGUUAAGUUCAUGGCCUCUAUGUUUAUGGUGUAUGAUACGGUAAUUUUUGCAACAAAGUUUAUCAGUCAUUUAUUAUGUA